AAUGUCAGAUUGCAAUAAACUAGAAGCUGUUGGUCGGGCCCGCGGAAAUGGGCGAGCAUAAUCUCCUUAAUCCAGGGUUUGUAGGACCUCUGGUAAACAUCCAUACAGGAGACACCUUUUACUUUCCGAAUUUUAGAGCCUCAGGGGGACAGCUGGCGGGGCUACCGUCUCUCUCCUACCCGAGAAGGGACAAUGUUUGCUCCCUCCCGUGGAACCCCUCGGAGCCGUGCAAUGGAUAUUCUCAAUCCUACUUUAGCAGCCCCGUCUCUAUUAACCCUUCUUUCAAUCGGUCGUGUGAGAUCACCAGACCGGAGGAGGGCAAGUGCUACUACAACAACGGGAACAGGGAGACCUGCUCAGGUGGCAACGGCAGCGGCAGCCUAAAACGGGAGGACAGAGCGAGGGACACAUCUUCCCUAACAUCUGACCACGGGAUGCACGCCGGGAUUGCAGGCAGCGUCUCCUUCUCUAAAUAUGAGUAUGGAACGGAGCAGCUCACACAGGAUCCGCCGUCCUGUCAGUCGAUGGAAUCUGACUCCAGCUCCUCUCUGUUAAAUGAGGGCGGCAAGCCUCCAUCUAGCAACACACAGACCCUGGUGUCUCCGGGAAGCCAUUCUGGCAACAUAGCCGCAGGCGGAGGUGCCCCUUGGUACCCCAUGCACACUCGGGCCAGAAAGAAGCGCAAACCUUAUUCCAAACUCCAGCUGGCGGAGCUCGAGGGAGAAUUCAUGCUGAACGAGUUCAUUACCAGGCAGCGGCGGAGGGAGCUCUCCGACCGACUGAACCUCAGCGACCAACAAGUGAAGAUUUGGUUUCAGAACCGCAGGAUGAAGAAGAAGAGACUCAUGUUAAGGGAGCAAGCUUUGGCUUACUUUUAAAUAUGUGGGAUAUAGAAAGGUGAAUCAGUAGGCAGUAAAUAAGAAGAAAAAAAAAACGAAAGAAAGAAAAAAGCCAAGGCUUCUACGCUCCCUUAGGUCUUAUUUCAGUGCAUGCACUCAUCUACCCAUCUUCGUUCUCAUGGUGGGCUAUCAUUGCACCCUUUCUGCAGGUUUAUCUUUAAAGAUGCCCCCCACCCCCUAAAAAAAACAAGCCACUUUCUAGCGUCCACCACGAUGCACAUUAGUAAGCCUCGAGGUUUGACGAACUGGCACAAAAACUGUGAAUGUUUUUUUUUUUUUUUUCUGUGUAGUAUUUUCCCCUCAACUUAGUUGCUAAAUGUUGAGGAAAUAUUACAUCAUUCAUUCUGUUUAACCCUAAAUGAUAAGGGUGGAAGAGAGACCGUUUAAGGCAGAAAUCUUAGAAUAGGGUCUAAAUAUAUCCUUGAAAUCAGGCAGCCUGACUGCCAGGCAUUUGUGCUCCAGUGUCUGUUUAAUAUCUCUAUUAAAGAUCUAAAGGAGAAGAAUAUCCAUUUUUAGAUGUUUUCGGAUUCAUUAAGAGGAGUAAGUCCCACGUUUUGCCCUGUUUUUUCGGAGUGAACUCACGGUCCCGUGCAAGAGUAUCAGUCUUUGCAUGACAGAAGAAAGUCAAGACGAAACAAAUGAGUAAUAAAUAUAUAAUUCGUUUGUUCACGUGCAACAAACCACAGAGUCCUGCAUGAGUUUUUACCAUUCAAAAAUGGUUCUGAGGCUGCUAAAAAAA